GUGAAUGUUUGACGUCAUGCGAAGGAUGAGUAUUUAGUGAAUAAUUUAUUUAUUAGUGAAGUUUUAGCGGAUAUUUAUUAAUGUUUUUAGUGAAAUUAGAAAAAUGGAGACUGAUUGGAUGAUAGAAGAUUCAACCACAGCCAAGAUUACGUCACUGACAUCGCUUGACACGGGCGUGAGACCAGCGCCCAGCGGAGCAGCCUAUGUAGCUGAGAGGAACACGUGCCUCACGUUUUUCACAAAAUGGAACGAAACAGACCAGGUGGAGUUUGUCGAGCAAUUGUUGGCCCGAAUGUGCCACUACCAACAUGGCCACAUCAAUGCAUACCUCAAGCCGAUGCUGCAAAGAGAUUUUAUAAGCAUGCUGCCGAAGAAGGGUUUGGACCACGUAGCAGAGAAUAUUCUGUCGUACCUUGACGCUAGCUCGCUGUGCGCUGCCGAGCUGGUCUGCCGGGAGUGGCAGCGCGUGAUCUCCGAGGGCAUGCUGUGGAAGAAGCUGGUGGAGCGGAAGGUCAGGACGGACUCGCUGUGGAGAGGACUUGCGGAGAGGAGAGGAUGGAUAACAUACUUGUUUAAACCGAAGCCAGGCUGCCAACAUCCUUCGCACUCCUUCUACCGACAACUGUAUCCAAAGAUAAUUCAGGACAUCCAAUCUAUUGAAGACAACUGGAAAAUGGGCAGGCAUAAUUUACAAAGAAUCAACUGCAGGUCGGAGAACUCCAAAGGCGUUUACUGCUUGCAGUACGAUGAUAACAAGAUUGUGUCAGGACUCAGGGACAACACUAUCAAGAUUUGGGAUCGGAAGACAUUGCAGUGUGUUAAGGAACUGCAAGGACACACUGGCUCUGUGCUGUGUCUGCAGUACGACGAGCGGGCUAUCAUAUCGGGUUCAUCGGAUAGCACUGUCAGAGUCUGGGAUGUGAACACGGGGGUGAUGCUCAACACAUUGAUACACCACUGCGAGGCUGUGCUGCAUCUCAGAUUUUGUAAUGGAAUGAUGGUCACAUGUAGUAAGGAUAGAUCAAUAGCGGUAUGGGAUAUGACAUCAACCACAGAGAUUAUGUUGAGAAGAGUGUUGGUUGGGCAUCGGGCAGCUGUUAAUGUUGUGGACUUUGAUGAGAAGUAUAUUGUGAGUGCCAGCGGGGAUAGGACGAUCAAGGUGUGGAACACGUCGUCGUGCGAGUUCGUACGCACACUGAACGGUCACAAGCGCGGCAUCGCGUGCCUUCAGUACCGCGACCGGCUCGUGGUGUCUGGCUCCUCAGACAACACCAUCCGGCUGUGGGACAUCGAGUGCGGACAGUGCAUCCGGGUGCUGGAGGGACACGAGGAACUGGUGCGCUGCAUACGGUUCGACAACAAGCGGAUAGUGAGCGGCGCGUACGACGGGAAGAUCAAGGUGUGGGACUUGCGUGCCGCUCUGGACGUCCGCACUCCGCACCAGGACCUCUGUCUGCGAACACUGGUGGAGCACACGGGCCGCGUGUUCCGGCUGCAGUUCGACGAGUUCCAGAUCGUGUCGUCAUCGCACGACGACACGAUUCUCGUGUGGGACUUCCUCAACUACAACGGCAACUCGCCGCAACCGCAGCCGCAGCCGGCGCCGCAGCGGCGCAACUCGGCCGAACAGGACCGCGCCUUCUUCGACUAGGACGAGGCCUCGCGCCGGUUCUGGCAUAAAAUAAUGUGGACCUAAACGAGUUUAGUGAGUGUUGCCGGAAUCCGCAGCUAGUGACAGUGUUAAAAUGUGGACGCGGCCAGUGUUACCAGUACGGUGCGAUUAAAUGCGGGUAGUUUUAAGUGUAACCAGACUGCAGAGUAUUUCGAUGAAAAUCUGUGUAUUUUGAAUUUAAAACGGUAUGUAUGAUCAUGUAUGUUAUGUGUCCGAUAGAAAUACCAAAAGGUGAAGAGUGUAGUAUGAUUUUUAAUAAUAAUGAUAUGAUUGCAUCUAAUAUUAUAGUUCCUUUGUAUGGAAACUGACGGUAAAUAACAAAGUGUUAUAAUAUGUAUGUUCCUCGUCGUUUAGCUCACUCCGUAAUACCACAGAAUAGAGAGAGUAAUAGUACAGAAGCUUUCCUAUGUUACAUUUUUAAAGAAAUAUAUACUUUAGAUGCCCGAUAAGGGACUACGCGCACUUAUUCAGCUCUUUUCAGCUUUUGUCCAUAGAAAACAACAAUUUUGUAUGGAAACGUGUACGCGUCGAUUCUGCUUUCCGCGUCCAUUCUGCUUUCGCGGCAAACCAGCAUAAAAUGAGGAUAAAUGUGUUUUUAUUAUGCGAAUGCUAUAGAGAGCGUUCGGCGCUGUUCCGCCGCGUACAGCGCUGUUCGCCGUCGAAUGCGGCGGAACAGUUUUUUACAGGGAUGGUUCGCGACUCCUUGUCGACAAGUUGCGACCUGUAUUGUUCCUGCAUUGAUUAAAGAGUGCAGACGUGAUUUAAAGUCCCGUACGCGGCUGAUAGAAGCAGAGCUGUAUAAGUGUGACCAAAAUCGUUCAGCGAAACGCGAAUGGAGCUGUAUAAGUGCGCGUAGUCUCUAAUAGGUUUAAUUUUAAAAAGUAUGCGGUUCGAAGCUGCGUUGGAUUUGUAGCACAUUAAUAAACGCACACUACGAUCUACUAGUAUUAACAUAUUGGCUACUAAAUACGAUUGACGUACGAUAAACAAUUAGACUACUAAUCGCCUAUUAAAAGAUCGUCAAAAAACGUCCGAGCGCCGUUGUAUAUUCGUAUACAAUAACUUACAGUUAAAAUUUAAACAUUCAUUCAAAUUAACACCUCACGCUCACGUCGGGUUAGCUAAAAUAAAAAUGUAACUUCUACGUAAUAAUCUAAUGUAAAAACAGUUACAAUUACACGCGUUUUCAAUCCUUUAUUAGUGUUUUAUUUAAAUGUGUAAAACUCGCGUUAAUCAAAGAAAAUGAUACAUACAGAAAUGUACGAACAACUAUAGAUUUCGUAUACUAUUAACGCAAGAUAUCGGGUCAUCUAUACAUAUAAAUAAAAUUGGAGUGUCUGUUUGUCAUAUUCAAAUAACCGUUAUUUACUACAUGUAUAUUAAUACUAAUAAUAAUACACCAAAAUAAAAAAUUUUUACAAUUUUCAUCUGUCUCUAUGUUUGUUCCGGCUAAUCUCUGAAAUGGCUGGACCGAUUUUGACGGGACUUUUAUUGGCAGGUAGCUUAUGUAAUCGGGAGUAACUUAGGCUACUAUUUUAGAUAAAUAAAGUAAUGCUGCAAUGCCCAAGAAACGGUCUAACUCUAAAAAUAAUUUAUAUGGCAAAAUAACGUUUGCCUGGUCAGCGGCAUGAUUUAUAAUUUUUAAAAUAAUGAUGAGAUUGCAGUGAAUUAGUUGGAAUUUUAACAUUAACAUCCUAGAAAAUCUGAACUUAUUGUUUUUAUUCAAAUUAUAAAAAAUAAUUAUUUAUUUUUGACGACCUGUAUAGCCGAGUGGUUAGCGAUCCUACCUACUAAGCUAGAAGUCCCGGGUUCUCAUCCCGGUAGGUGCAAGCAUUUAUAUGAUGAAUAUGGAUGUUUGUUUCCGAGUCAUGGAUGUUUAAACGUAUUUAUGUAUUUUUAUAUGUAUUUAUGUAUAUUUAAGUAAGUAUAUUGUAUUAAACAUAUCGUUGUCUUGUAACCUAUAACACAGGCUAUAUAUGCUUAACUUGGGGCAAGAUAAUUUGUGUAAAAAGUGUGUCAAUAUUAUCAUUUUUCUGUAUUUUCUUUUUUUUAAGUGAUCUGGUGAUUGAUACAUUUGUAACUGAUCACUCUUGGUAUUAAAUAUACAACUGUAAUUUGCACCAAAGUCUUUGGGCGUGCCUCUCUGGAUUCGCCUCAGAGCUCUUACCCAACUAAUCCAACCAUCCGAAUGCCGAGCGAUCCGUAAAUCAUAUUUCAUUUUUCUCUUACAUAUCGUAAUCUAAAUUUAAAUAAAACUAGCAUCUUUUUUUUAUGAAAAUAAGGGACAAGACGAGCAGGAUGUUUAGCUGAUGGUAAUUGAUACGCCAUGCCCAUUACAAUGCAGUGCCGCUCAGGAUUCUUGAAAAACCCAAAAAUUCUGAAUGGCACUACAACUGCGCUCGUCACCUUGAUACAUAAAAUGUUAAGUCUCAUUUGCCCAGUAAUUACAACAGCAACGGCGCCCUUCAGACCGAAACACAGUAAUGCUUACACAUUACUGCUUCAGGGCAGAAAUAGGCGCCGUUGUGUUUAUAUUAUAUGAAUAAACUAGCUGAUACGCCGCGACUUGGUCCGCGUACACACAGGACUGAGCCCGUAGUAGAGACAUUUCAAUUACAUUUUUUAAAAUAAAAAAACACAACAUAUUAUGCUGUCGCGACACUUUUUAUAAAUUACUAGCUGACCCGACAGACGUUGUUCUGUUUUUAAUAAAAAAAUCUUACAGGUAGAAUUUCUUAAAAUCCGUUCUUAGCUGACCUCCACUCGGCGAAAGGAAUAUUCCUACCAAAUUUCAAGUCUCUACGCCUUAUGGUUCCAGAGAUAUCGUGAUGAGUGACUGUAUAUGUGGAAAUCUCUUAUAUGUAUAUAGAUGAUAUGUUCUACAAAGUCGUAGUACAUUAUGUUAUUCUAUCAUCAAUACUUUUCGCAGAGCACGCGAUGUAAAGAAUAUUAUAGGUAAUUUUUUUACACGUGUUACAAUAUUGGUGGUUUAGUAAGGAUCUCUACUUUUUUUUGUAAAUAUUAUAUAGCCUAUGUCACCCGGGAAUAGUGUAGGUUCCCAACAGUGAAAGAAUUUUUCAAAUCGGUUCAGUAGUUUCAGAGCAAACAAACAAUCAAUCAAAUCUUUCCCCUUUAUAAUAUUAGUAUAGACAAUAUGUUAUGAUUUUUAAAGUGAUAACCCUCACUACUAGGAUUAAUACACAAAUAAAAUUUGAAAAACAAAAUUUUACGAACGAUGCGGGAUUCGAACCCACGACUUGUUCAACUCUCAGGUUGUGGCUUCAAGCAAACAGAAUUUUAUAACGAGGCGGUACUCGAACGGUUAGCUCAGUUGGUUAGAGCACCGGCACGGAACGCCGGAGGUCGUGAAUUUUCAAAUUUUAUUUGUAUAUUAGUAUAGCUUAAGGACUUAUUACGUUGUCCUUUCGUGUGAUACCAUGGUCAAAUGCCAACACGCUUGGCCGUUUUAGUGUAAAUUAGGAAAAUAAUUAUUGUCUCUGUGCAUUUUGUAAAUACAGCUGUUAUAUAUAUAUAUAUAUAAAUGCGUAUCUUCUGUAGUUGUAUUAUAGUAUAGUAAAAUUGUACAUUAAUUAGUUUUAAAAAUGCGUUUUUCUAUGUAACUGCUCUCUUGUCUUAUUAACAUAUGGCAACAUUAGUAAAAGCUAAGGCUGAGAUCUGAAGAGCUUACUUUGAAUUUGCUCAGACCUUACGUAAAGCUUUGCUAAGUGUAAGCUUAGCAUAGUCUUUGAUUUCGUUUUUAUUGUAAUUUGAAAUUAUGCUGUGCUUAAGCCAAGAUAGCCCAAUGCAAAGUCAAGUUGGCGUUUAAUCACACUCAGCUAAGUUUUACUUGAGUAAAGUCUGAGUGUUCUCAAUAGAUCUCAGCCUAACCUUGUUAAGGUCAAAUGAAUAGUUUAAAUAGCAAAAAAUGCAACUUUUGUAUAAUUGGCGGUGUUAAAACUUGAUAAGGAGUAAUUGUUUAAAUAACUAAUAGGCUAAAUGCUUCUUUUUUAUAAUUUGAUCGUAAUUGCAUCGCUAUAAUAAUAAAAAAUAUAUUUAACAUAGUGAAAGUCACUCAAGAAACAUGUUAUAAUAGCAUAUCGACGUAACGGUUAAAGGCCUAACAUUUUGCCGCGCUCGGGACGCAUGUACUAUGACGUCAUAGCUCAUAACAACACACACAAGCGGAGAGAUUUGGUUGAAAUUUGACAUACAUCACCACCAUGUUUUUGUUUCACUCAAGUUCGCAAAUAUUUGUGCAUUUUAAAAUAAAAUGAAAUGUAACAUUGAAAACAUUUUGUUAGAGUGAUGAUUGAACUUUUGUAUGAAUCAGCAGAUUUGGUCUUCGUCAUUCCAAAGCUAAACCCAUUGUGAAAGUUGCUCAAAUACGUAGAGAAAUUACCUGCAUGAAUUACAGUAUAAUUCUUUCAGUGUGUGGUUGUCAAUGCUAUUUAGUCAAAUUACGCAUAGCCUGAACUAUAGGUGCCAGACAUUGACGUACUAUAAACAACUAGGCUCCCAAAUGCCUAUUAAUAGGUCGUCAAAAAAAAAUCCGAGCGGCGUUGUAUAUACGUAUACAUUAACUUAUACAGAUAACAUUAAAAUAUCCAUUCUAUUUAACACCUUAUUUGGUGGCAGUAAUGUUUAAAAUCUAUUGUAUACGCUCAUUAGAAGCUCGGACGCGAACACGUGGUAAGAAUAUUAUGUCUUAGCAAUUGAAAUGUAACUAUUUAGCAAAAUAAUCGAAAACAUUAGUUACACAAUUUUGUAAAUUUAAAGGGCACUUACCUGAAUUACAACACUCCAUUCUUUUUAGGUUUGGAUAUGCUGUUAGUUGAACAGUUUUUCAGUAACACUUUGUCAUUGCGUGGCGCUGUAUUGCAAAGCGUUUUGAGCGUGAUUGUGAGUCUACUUGUUAAGUAGUGUAUUAAAUACAAAAAGUACACUUAAAUAUAUGUUAACAUCUAUGAGUUUGAAACAAGCAUUCAUGUUUAUCAUACAAAUGUUUUUUAACCGGGAUUCUAAUUCGUGGCUCCUCGCUUAGGGUCUCGGCCUAGUCAGGGUCAGGUUAUCAAUACUACAUACGCCUCAAAGAUCACUUCUCCAUAUGGGUGAUACCCGCGCCUCCAUCCAAUCAAAUCCCUUUUAUUAUUUCUACGAAUGACACUACUAAAGUUCCAUACCGAAGACCCCAUACUUGUGUUAUUAUUAGUUAAGAUUCAGGAUUUUAACUAAUAUUUUAAAUUUAAAAAAUAAUACCAGUAUAAUAGUAUAGCUAGUAUUAAUAGGUUUUAUUUUAUUUAUAAAAUAAAGAAAAAUUUCAAUAGUGAAAAAAUUGUAAAUAUCAUAGCCAAUCAUCGAUCGUAUAACCCAGUGGACUAUACCUUUUUAAAUCCCAAUACAAACAGUUCAUUCAACCAAUCAAAGGUGAGGGAACGCUUGGUACUUAAUGCUCAUUGGUCAAGUAAUAAAUCUUAACAUAUCGUAAGUAAUCGCUAGUAGCCACUGUGGAUUUAUAUAACAUCUGUUAUCACUGUUUAUUAGGUGUUACAAUAUCGAUGUAUUCGUUUGGAACACUGUCACAAUAUAUGUAAUAGAAGGGAAACAUAGUUUAGUGGUCACAUUUAAAUUUUUAUCAACACCCAUGCUUUAAAUCCUCUAUUAAAGAAUUUAAAACAGUUAGAUUAUUGCCAACAUUAAAAAACCCAACGUCCUAAUAACAAUUACAUCAUCCAAACCAGUGUUGUAAUGAAUUUCAGUACAAAUUACAACACUCGUUCGGGUGAUGUAAUGGUUACUAGGACUGGCUUUUUUAAUGUUAGCAGUAAGCUGUUUUAGAAUAUUUUAUAGAGGAUUCAUAUUAUGGGUGUAGAUAAAGUCUUGUAUGCAACUGUUGAUAAUUAGGUAUUAUAACACUCAUGUGAUACUAUUAAUCCGCGUUCGUGUUUUAAUACCCCUUAUUACACAACAGUUGCAUAAAUAACUAAUACUACGUCUGGGCGGAGCGCUAGGGUUUGUACAUAUAAAAAGAUUGACGACUCUGACCGUCACUCAAUAGUUUUGUCUCCCCAAGAUUGCUUAGCGGCCAUGUAAAUCGUCUGUAUGUGUGCGUGUGUCGAUUCGGGCGCUCUUGUAUAAAGUUAAAGUGCUAUAUUACUGCAUUGUGACACUGCUGUUCAUAACAAUUCACCUUUAUUCACAUCUAUGUAUGUAACGGGAUCUAUGAACGUAAUUUUCAACAACUUCAAAACGUUGGAUUGAAUUGGAAAUUCCAACACGUGUCGAGGACCUAUGACAAUACAAUAUUUUAAUUACUUGGGCAUUGUAUCGUUACUAGAAUAACCAAUAAGUAAUUAUAAAACAUUUAGACAAAUACGAUAUAAGAAAUCGAGAUUUUUAAUUAUAAGUACGAAUAAAAAGUUCAAGUGAUUAAGGAGUUUUUAAUACAAAAAAUGUAAAAGUAGAAAGUAAUUUUUUAAUGUGAAGACUUCGAUCUAAAGCGGUAUAAAGUUCACUGGUUUUCUUUUUCAAUUAAAAAAAUCUCACUAUUUCUUUUCUAGGUUACUUAAUAAAACUCAGUUUUGAGUGAACAAGUUCAAAUUCCAGUCUUGAUCUCGAUUAAGCACAAAGCAAUUUCACCAAUACCAUUUGAGCGUGUUGACGUAAACUGAGCUUACAUGUCAUAAACAAUAGAAUGUAUCAAAUACGUGUCAAAACUGUCAUCGAUAAAUAUGAACAAAAUCAAAAUUGACAGCUGUUGACCAAAAUUCGGCUGUCAGCAUUUAAACGCGUCUAGGGUAUAACUUCGUUUAGUUUGUAUUGGAGAAAUCCGAAUUGAAUCUGUUCAGUGUUUUAAUACCUUUCGACUUCAAUGGUGAAAUCGGGGAUAAAAGCCAACUACAAAAUAUUCGUUUAGAAAGUUUUAGGUUGCCUCUGGCACCCAUUUUGGAACUAACUUUGCAUACAAAUAUUUAGUAGUCGUAGUUGAUACGUAUUAUCCGUGCAGUCUAAAUAUAUAGACCAAUUGAUUGGACGACGAAAUGUCUUCUUGUUCAUGUAGAUAAGUAUUUUUCAUGUAUAUAAUACUGUUAGGGAAUGUGUCUGUUUCACAGUAAUAAUAUUAUGUCGAGCAUACCAUUUAUGUCACUAUAUGAAGUGUGCGCGGUCGUGGCUCAUAAGGGCUAUAAUUUAUACAGGCGUGAAAGAGAACGCGCUAUCGGGAAUACUACUCUCUCUUUGAAAGAAUUUGAUGAAUUGUAAUUAAUAUAAGCUUAUCUACUCAUUAUGACAAUCAUAUUGAAAUAUUAUCUUCAUAAAUUAUUUGAUUCUUACUAAGUGAUUCCUGUUCACGGCUUACGUUAAAAGUUCAAAUAGGUCGCGGAGCACAAAUAAUUUCGGUCAACGACCUGAUCAUAUCACAUUCUCUGACGCGUUCCGUCCCAUAAUAUACGUGCGCAUUGCUGAGCUCUUGAGGCCAUUGUACUGAAAUUAUAUGCGCUUCGUGACUAAAAUAUUAUCAAUUGUAAAUAUUAAUUUAGCGCAGUUUUGUAUAAAUUAUGUAUAGAUUGGUUUCGUAAGCACAGCUAGAAUGUUUUUUGUUUUAAUGUUUGUACAGAGCCGUUUGCUCUAUUGGAUGCUUUUCAUCACAAUUUUUUUAUUAUUUAUUGUAAGGUCUCUUAACAGUGGGCGUAGGGUGUUGCGAUACGAACACAAUCGAUCAAAUAGCACCAGUCAGCCUAAUGAAAUAUCUCACAACAUAUUUAAGGCUAUAUAAUACCGGGACACCAUGGCAACCAAUCGCCGCUACCAACAAAAUAAGUAUAUAGAGAGUUACUCACCUGGUGUCCGUUUGGUUUUGUAAGUAAUUUGGUGGCGUGACCAGCUCGCACGCGUGCACAGAAUAUUAUUGGUCGCGCUACCACUAAUUACUAUAGAGCUGUAUGGUGUCUCACUUACUCAGCCCCUCGUCCGGCCGCCAGUGACGCUCCUACCUCAUUGGAUGCAAUACGUGUGUACUAUUGUGUUUUGUUUUUUAAUUGCAUAUUAUGGAUAAUCUCGAUACAGAAAGGUUUAUGAUCGAAAUUCACAGUAAACAAACAAUUUAGGAUAAUUCCUCAUCAGAUUAUUCAGAUAGAGAUCUAAGAAUGAAAUGCUAAGGCGAAAUAAGGAUGAACCCACCACUGUUUCUUGUUUCUCUUACUCUUUCUUUUGCCCACUUACAUACAGUAAUAGUGCUAUUUCUUCGAGGUAAAUUUUGAUGCAGUGUGGUGUGCUCUGGUGUCUGGUUUGGCAGAUUAUGGACACCACAAUGGCGUGACUGGUUGCGCCACCAUGGUGUCCCGGUGAAAUGUACCUAUUAAGGAGAGUAAUCAGUAAUGCAUUCUCGUUCAAUUAAUUUAAUAAAAUUAUGUACUUAUUUUUUGAACAAAUUUCCCAUUAAAUAAAUGUGCAUGUGAUGCAUCACCGCUGAGUGCGCGAUUUACGCUAGUUCAGCGGAAGCGCCUACAGGUCCGUGAGUCAGCCUUCCCCUUCCUACUUCCGCGCCUCACGUGUAAUGCGCAGUCAGCGUUUAACUUUCGGUUAAGUUUAUUUAGUACUCAAUUAACAUUUAAUAUUUAUUUUCUAUGUAAUUUAUUUCAUAUUUGAUCGCCUAAUCAUAUCUCGUGGAGUAGUUUCUGCCUCACCAGUCAUGCUUUAUAUCCGGCAGGAAAAUGGCACAAAUUUGUUGUUCUUGAUUCUUUGACGAUACCGUUUCUACAAUGUGUUGAUAGUAUAUUGCGAAUAAAUCACAUUAUUGAAGCCCGCCAAUGAUUUGUCAAUUAUCAAACUACCGUCAAAAUUGGCAUUUUUGUUAUUUUUUUUAAUCUGAACAAUUGAGUAUUAUUAUCAACUGCUUAGUACCCUAUCUUUUAAAAAUUUAAGUUGUGUAAAGAAAUUGUACGAUAAAGCACCCGAAUGGCUAUUCACGUGGCGUUUUUUAGCAGCGACGUGUCGCGCGCUUGUGAUAAUGAUAGUAGAUUGUGGUGAUAAGAAGAUGGUAUUGUGUGAAUGUGUUUGUUAAAGUUGUUAAAUUAUAGUGGUUUUGUAGUAACGUCGAAAAAUUAAUAAUGUUUGCGAUGUAAAUACUAAAGUUAUGCCAUUUUUUUGUCGUUAGUCAUUUUGAUAUCACAGAAAGGGACAAAACAUUGGAUACUUUAGGUUUAUUAAGAGGGUGGAUGGAGUUAUUAUGAAUAACUCGGAUAAUCGUUACUCGACAAAUUUUAUCUUAUUAAUUUACAUACAAUGCAAACAAAAUUUUAAAAGGUUAAGUUGAUUUUUUUUACGUUUUAGGCCAUUACAAAACUGCUAAAAUGGGCGUGCCAUGUAAUUUUUGACCAACAACUUACUAAAUCUUAUAAUAUUUAUAUAUUGGGCCGAAAGCCGACCGUUUUUUAUAUUACUUCAUUCUCUAAUCUGUCUCGUUGUUCAAUUACUAUUCGAUUAUGUUCUCAUUCGCGUCAAUAUUCAAACUUUUUAUGAUUUAUUCUUUAACUUUAGCUUGACGGCCAACCAUAGAACAAUGAGUUCUUAUAUGCGGAUAAGAACUCCUUGUUACAAUACACUGCCCACUCCGAACUUGACCUAAUUUCCUGUAUCAUCUAUAUGGGGCAGAUGUUAACAGCUCCACUUACAUUCAAGAAUGUUAAGACAAUAAAGAGCUCCACGUUUGACUUCCCUUCAGAUCUGCCCCAGUCUUCGCUUCUGCAAAGACCGCUCAUAGCCAGUUGUGCUUAGGGCGUGCACCAAUGUAGGGCUUGCUUUGGUGUUUUUUUAAUGUAAAUAAUGGACGAGACGAGCAUGACGUUCAGCUGGUGUUAAUUGAUACGCCCUGCCCCCGUUCCUCAGGAUUCUUCAAAAACACAAAAAUUCUCAGCGGCACUACAAUUGCGCUCGUCACCUUGCGACAUAAGAUAUUAAGUCUAAUUGUCCCAGUAAUUUCACUAGCUACGGCGCCCUUAAACUGAAACUGAUAAAAUAACUGACUGAAACAAAUACUACUUACCCAUAAUACCCAUAAUCUAGUCGGCAUCCUGUGCAAAGGAUCCUCCCACUGGUAAAGGCCCUUAGUCGCCUCUUACGACGCCCUUGGGCCUGGGACUUCCCUAUUGUUUUUAUGCUCCACUUGUGGAAGCACAUGCAGGGGAAAUGUCUAUGAUUAGUGUGCGGAGUGAGAGGUCAAUCCACUUCCAUUUCAGCGUUUGGUCUACUGUUCGAACGGCGUCUCAUUGCAGAGUUCCCACAGAUCAUCUAUAUAGAUGAUCCCCGUCUGAGAUUCAACUCUGAAUGGCUUCUAAUAAUAUAUUAUAAUAAUAUAGAUUACUUAAUAAUAAAAAAAUACAGCCAAUUCUCGAACCCCCAAAGAAAACCCAGAUAUGGCUCACAAAAACUGAUCUGGCAACGAGCUGUCAUUGAGACAAAGACCGUUGGAAAGAUUGGACGCGAAAUUUUAACACGUUCACUGAAUCAAUAUAUAUUCAUACAAGAGCCCGUGUUCUUACGACAAGUGCGAAUAAUCUAAAGAUAUUUUUACCCUCUCCAAAAAUGUCUAAUCCGCAGCCAUCACGAUCUGUUAUAACCUAGUUGUUAAACGCAGCAUCGACGCCAUUUUGAAAUUAAAUGUUUGUUUAAAUGGAAAUUGUGGCAUAAGUACGUUCCUAUUUGUAAUUUACUAGAAGUUAGCUUAUUAAGCGCGCCACGUGCGCAGCGUUUUUUUAUCCGCUGCGAAUAAUACGCCACGUGAGUAAUAAUCCACAUCUCAUUGAAGCUGUGUAUAUAGGCCUUAAUUCUGUUAUAUUGCGAGCGAUUGUUUUUGUAAUGAUUAAGAUAAAUUUUAUUGUAAUAAUUUUUAAUAAGGUACGGUUUUGGUGUGCGACUAAGACUUGCGACCGUUGUCGCACGUUUGAUCUUUCAUGCUCUCUAUACAGUGCGCUCAUUUGGACGUUGGAUUUUAUAAUUGGAAUGAAUACGGUCAUGCAGGAAAUUGUUCAAAACGUACCAUCAUUAACCGUCGUUGCAUAGAAAAUUUAAUGUGAAGAUGAUUUUCGAUGCUCAACAAACAAGCUCAUACUACUGUUAAAGCUAACCAAACCUUCACUUUUUGGAAUUAAAACUGAUGAAUUGCUGAAGAUAAUUAAUAAUGAUGAUAAACAAACAAUUAAUUAAUAUUUUUUGUGCACACUGAACAAUUUAUGUUUGGGUUUUGAUGAGGCUGAGCUGUCACGCUCGUUACGAUAGACUAAGGGACCGCGAUCCAGUCAGAUCAAAUUUUACCAUUACAUAAAUAUCUUGUAAAUUUUCUUACUAUAUGAAUAUAUAAAAAAAAAAAACAAUUGUAUUAUAUGCUAUGUUUAUCGCCUUAAGUUUUUUUUAUCGUGUGGUCUUAAGUACAAAAUGUUAAUUUAAAUAUGCAACUGUUUGUCAUAUUAUAUUAAAAUAUCGUCUAAAGUUAUUAGGUGAACUAUUGAUUUAAUAAAAGGUGCGAUUUUAAAUGUUUUGUCGCGUAACUCUGUCGCAAGUGUUAGUCGCACGCGAGAACUCGGCUUAAGUAUCAUGUAUAGACGAUACGGUUAAAUUAUAGACUGCUUUUUUAUUUGUAAUGAAAUCUGAUUGUAAAUAAGUAUAAAUAAAUAUUGUGUCUAUUAUA